AUGUCUGCCGUGGUAAGAGGAAAAUUUGUUUUCUGCUUCUCAUUCUUGACAGUUUGUCUGCAACCGGGGCUGCUGAUGAAGGUUAAUGUACCGCAGUAGAUUUUCGACUCAACAUUUCGACGGUACAAAAAAUCCGACUGGGAUGGUAUCAUGGAGAGAGACAAUUAUCAAGAAGGAGAGGCACAGGGAGUGAAGAUUUGUGAUCCACCCUCUGUGAGCAAUCCACCUGGUGACACUUUGGCCACUUCUCUCUCCCUCUUGGGGAAUCACAUGUUUCCUGAUGCAGUGGAGAGAAACGAAAGUGCCGGUAUAAACAAAGAGGAGACUGCAGAUUCACUCAUCUCAGAUGUUACCUCAGAGGAGCAGAGUCUGGAUGCACAGUCUCACUCUAGCCAGGUAACAAAGCCAGAGACUGACGAGCAAGAAAAUCCAGAGUGUCACAACAAUGUGUCCAGCGAGCAGGUUGAUGGAGGAAGUGAGGAGGCUGCUGCUGACAACGACCAGAGUGACUCUGGGGAGUUUGUUGUUACGAUGCUAGCUAAGGCAAAGCUGGAGGAGCAGGGUAUAGGUGUGAAAGGAAGGUCAUCUCCCUUGUUGGAGGCAGGGACACAGGAAUCCCCUGGCUUCAUGUCUCACCGUGAUGAGGACGUGACCGCUGAAAGCUGGCGGCAGCACAGGAAACAUGUAUUUGUACUAAGCGAAGCAGGCAAACCAAUCUAUUCCAGGUACGGCAGUGAAGAGGCUCUUUCAUCGACAAUGGGAGUCAUGAUGGCUCUGGUUUCAUUUGUUCAAAGUGGAGAUAAUAUCAUCCGCUCAGUCUACUCAGAGGAGCACACGGUGGUGUUUCUACAGAAAGGGCCCCUUGUGCUGGUGUGUGUCUCUAGCAGUCGUCAGUCUGAACGGCAGCUGCGUGGAGAGCUCCUCUAUGUGUACUAUCAGAUCAUAAGCAUGCUCACCCAGGCCAGCAUAUCCCGCAUCUUUGAACACAAGAAAAACUACGACCUGAGGCGACUCCUUGCUGGCUCAGAAAAGAUCCUGGACGGUCUCCUCAACCUUGUAGAUUCUGACCCCAGCUUCCUGCUUGCAGCUGUUCACUGCCUGCCUUUAGCUUCUUCUCUCAGGGACUCUCUCAGCCAGAUCCUGCAAAAAGCCAUCACCCCCAAUCUGGUUUUCUCCAUCCUCAUUGCCAAGAACCAGCUGCUCACCAUCGUCCAGGAAAAGACGGUCAUUGAGGACAGCAGGCUGGAACCUGCAGACGUACACCUCCUGCUCAACCUCAUUGGAGCUUCCUCUGCCUUUCAGGCCGGGGAGAUCUGGACUCCAAUCUGCCUCCCCCUCUUUAACCCAGACUGUUACUUUUAUGCAUACAUUUCCUACCUGGACCCCCCAGAAUGCACUGUUUGUUUGCUGCUGCUCUCGACGGACAAAGAGGCUUUCUACGCUGUAGCUGAGUGUAAGAGGAAGAUAGAGGAAGCCAUGGCGGCUCAGAACUCCCUGAGCCUCAUUGCCAAAGUUCAGUCGUACAGCGUGAGCCAGGUGGGCGUCUCAGACCUCAGACACUUCAUGUACAAGCCUUUUGAUGUGCCAGACAACUACCGCCAGCUCACCCAGUUCACCAGCCCAGAGAUGGAGGCACCAUACAGCAGUGAAGUGGAGAAAAUGAGACUGCUAGACCUUUAUCGUUACAUGCACAGCCGCAUCCACAGCACCUCACGACCCCUCAAGCUGAUUUACCAUGUCGCUGAGAGGGAAACUCUGCUUGCCUGGGUCACAAGUAAAUUUGAGCUGUACACCUGCUUCAGUCCUCUGGUGACGAAGGCCUGCGCCAUCACAGCUAUCACUAAGCUCCUCAGGUGGAUCAAAAAGGAGGAGGACCGUCUCUUUAUCAGAUACCCCCCAAAGUAUUCAACCACACCAAACCCCAGCAAGAGCUCUCGAGGGGGCAAAUCUGACCAGCAAGACUCCACAGAUAACGGCUUCUUAUCUCUUCUAUAGGACCCUGUGAGUGCGACUCCAACUGCUCUGCCUCAGUCACAAUAGUUUGUACACUGGCUCUGAGAUAUUUUUGAACCUUCUUUUGACACUCAGUGAUGGACUUGACAGACUUUGACUACUGGAAACAAACACUACAUUUUACACUAUUUAAGAAGAAAUGAUCUCUUUACAACUAGUAUUAUUUCUUUUCUUAAAAAAGAAAGUAAAUAUGUUGUUGCAUCACUGCUUUCAGUCUGAAAGAGUCAGGGGAAAAACAAACAGCAUUAGAGCAUUUUAAAAUGAACUGUGGUAGGAAAUAAUUGCAAUGAUAUUUAAAUGUUUUUAUAUUGUUUUAUUACUUUGACAAAAGAUAAACUUUCCCUGCGGACAGUGAAUGUAAAACAGAUGAUAGUUCAUUCAUAAGCUAGUGCUAUCCUUCUCUGGUGUAAGUAAUGAUGAAGGGUGAUGUGAGGUUGACACAGGUUUUGAUGCUUUGAUUCUUACCUUACUUAAUAAUCAUUUGUUUUGAAAGCACCAAAACUAAAAAAGUGAAAUGCAUUUUGUAAGACAGGUAUGUGGGAGAGGAAUAAAUCCAUAUAAGAUUGCAGGCAAACUCUGCAUGCUGUCUAAAUCCCACAAAACAGGGCAAUUUAGACAGUUGGUGGGAGUUUUCCUGCAGUUUUGAUAUUUGAAGACAAGAAUUCACCCAAGAUUGGGUUCCUUAGACUUCUAUUUCUGUUGACGCUGUGUCAAAACAGGUAUCAAUAUUGUUUGAUUUGUACUAGCAUCAUAUCAAAGUUUGAAAUUAAGCUAUUGUGACAACCCUGCAGUGAAGUUAACUUUCUUAGACAGGAAUUUUUUUACAUGGUGCAGAAGUCCAUAUGUUACAGAACAGGAUAUGUGAGAAGUAAAAGUGUGCAAGGCUCAAUAUAAACUGGAAAAACGACAACUGGAACUGGCAGGACUGGGAUGGGCCGUCAUGCAGAGCCGUGAACAAACACCUGUAUGAAUCUGGUGGCACUUCCCUGUUGCAGCGUCUGCAACCACGGUAUUCCUUCAUACCCAACUGUUGCCACUCAUUUUAAAUGGUCAGAUUUCAUUCAUGUUACACAAAACAAGUAGGAAAUUCAGGCUGUUACGUCUUUUCAUUAUUAGUGUCUCAUUGCUAGGACCCAAACUGUGCUUGUCUGGACAUCAUCUGUUAAAAAAUGGAACUGUGAUCUCACAGUGUUUUUAUGAUGCUUAAUGUUGUGACUUUAGGCCACUUAUCGUUUUGGAUAACAGUUUUCUAGAGAUGGUCUAUAACAGUAGCCUCUUCCUCCUGUCCUUUGAGGAAUUUUCUGUCAAUUCAAGUCUUAAGAGUAUGUCUAUAGUAUUAUGAAAUAAAUCCCAAGUUGCACAAAAUUUCCCUGUGUAUUAAUUAACAAGAAACAUUUUCACAACAGCUUCAUUUAACACAGGGGUGUCCAAACUAUGGCUGGGCCAAAUGCGGUCCUUCGCCCAUUUUUAAUUGGCCAGCAGCAAAUUCUUAAACAUAAAUGAAAAAUGGCCCAUAUCAGAACAUGAAAGUCAUGCUUUACUGUAGUGAAUAUUUCAUCUGUAUUUUCGGACAGCUGAGCAUAGUUUUGUGUUACCUUGGGGGCUCGUCCGGGAAGGGAACACAAAACUAUACUCGUCUUUUAGUUAGAAAACAGGAAAAAAAAAAGGUUUGUGAAGACGGUAUGGAUCUUGUUGGACUAGCGUAUAUUUUAGUUUUAGCACUAGGCAAUGCCACUGUGCUCAUUCUGUAAACAAACUUUUUGACAUGACAAUUCAUUGAUGAAACUUUUUUUUAUUUAAAGCAUAUUGGAUAACUUAGUGUAUCUUUUCCUUAAAUCGGACUGGAUUAACUAACUUUGGUAUCAUAAAGGGAAGUUAAAUGAAACUGGCCCCACCAUCCUUAAAGGUGCAGUGUGUAAUAUUUAGCCUUGAAGCAUUCUGCAAAGCAAGCUUGAUUAAAAAUGGAACAUAAUACCUAUUAGUAGGCCUUUUAAUACUAGAAUUUAAUCACCAGGAUAUUGAGAAUUGUUUUAUCUUAUUAACUUACAGAAUAAGCCUUUUAUUCAUGCAUAGAGAGGGUCCCCUCCAUGGACGCCGCCAUCUUGGAGUUUUGCAUCUUGCAUACCUCUACAGUACCACAAAAGGGACAAAAUAAUAAUAAAACAACUUUACAUGUUCAGGCGAUAAAAUACUAAUUUAGAUUGGCCUACUUAUGAAUAUUGUGUUCCGUUUUUGCCAAGUUAAUUCUGCUAAAUGCUACGAGGCUAAAUAUUACACACUGCUCCUUUAAAUAUUCUGUAUGUGGCCCUCAGCAGAAAAAGUUUGGAUACCCCUGAUUUAACAUGUAACAU